UGGUUUUGGUGAUGGUAGGGGGGGUUGGUGGUGAUUAUCGUGGUGGUCGAGGGGCCUUGCCCGUCCGCGCGACGCCUCCACACUCCGCGCGCGGCUCUGACGAAGACGCGUCUCGCCAAGACGACACGAAGCCAUGGCCGUGACGAGAGUCGCUCUUCAGGCCUUGGUCGCGAGCGUCCUCGUGGCGCUGUCCAGUGGCGGUUGCUUCCAUCGACGUGCCGAGACUUACGUCGAUACGCAUGGCCUGGUCCCGGUACUCGUGUCGAGUGGCUGCUUGGACGAGUUUGACGCACUCCGCGAGGACGGCGAGAGGUGGCGAACCAGCGACUGCAUGGCGUGUUCCUGCUCCAGCGGCAUGGUGCGCUGCUGCCAAGUUGCGUUCCGGCCCGUAAUGGGCUUCCCUGCGAGUUGUGAGCCGAUCCUAGACACGAAGAAAUGCGUCUACACGGUGGUGAAGAAGAAGAACCAUAAAGUGAAGUGUCCCCUCUCGGGGCCUCUGGCGGCAGUGGGGAAGUGAACACUGGGCCCGUCAGCCAGCCAGUUCUCCACAAUUCUCACCAACACCAACACCCAAUAACCACUCGCCAUCAAAGCCACAUCCCCCCCCCCGCCUCCCCACCAACACACACAUACCAUAACCGACUCCCAUUCACCAUUCACCAUGACCAUAGCACAUCAACCAACAAUACCACACCAUCAACACCACGCACCAUCGCCAGAUACCACCAGAUUAUCACAUGCUACCAUCACCAUCACAGCCACCCUACCAAGUGUUAGGCGGUGCCUCCCUUGGUGACCACCUCACCCGCAAUCGCCGUGUCCUAGAAUGUCCACGGCCCCUUUGUCCUCCGUUUACUGGGGCCCUGGAUAAUUCUCUUUUGCCACACCUAAGAAUGAGUGCUUGGCACGGUGGUGUCUGUACGGCAACCACCUCGCGCUUGUGUGGGUGGGAGAAGUCCCACAAAUGAAUUACAAUCAGCCGGUUACAAGUUGUAUGUUCCCCUCCCCCCUCCUCUCCCCGAAGCCCAUCGCUCUGAAUUUGGAACGAUUAAUUAAGUGGAAGUUGGAAAGGGAGUAGGAGAGCUUCAUGCCCGGUACUAUCUUGGGUUUAUUCCGCGAGUUUUUGCUGUAGUUGUUGUUGCUGCUGCUCUAUCGCUUGUGUGCUUAUCACGUGCAACGCUUCACAAUCACAUUGUAUGUGCAGUACGUCCGGAGUUUCAGAAGCAGGCAUCGCUCCAGGCGCUGAGGUCGAAAGUCAGGGUUCUACUCUGUAAGUUCAGAAUAUCUGGAGUUGAUUUAAUAUGCAAUCGAAUGUUCUUCAACCAUGAUCGAUCCACUGCUGGAUGAAGCCCUUCCAAGCAGCCAUCUCAGCAUUUAAGUGCUUUAUAUUACAUCGUUUCUGCCUUAUUAAUCUUACAUCGUACUAAUUAGUAAAAUACAUACAACACCAUUGAUGUGUUUGGCUUUUUUUCCUUCUUCUGAAAACUUGUUCCAAUUCUCAUAUUAAAGAAUGUAGCUUUCAUAAUCCAA